AUGGCCGACUACCGUUCUCCGACGCUGCAGAAUCCGCAUCGCAAAGUGCUCCCUUCCGGCAAUGCCGGCCUACAAUUUCAUUCCUCAGGCUCUCCGGCCCCACAGCAUCCUCCCCAGCAGGCAGUGAGACCGCAAGCACCUCAAAAUCGGGCCCAAGUCGUUUCCUCAUAUCCUCCAAACCCUAUGAGCCCGCAAAAGCAGAUGGCCCCCCCUUACCCUCCUCAACUUCCCCAACAUCGGCAACAGCAACAACUUCCCCAACAUCAGCAGUAUCAGCAGCAACACCAGCAACGCAUGAAUCCUUCUCUCCCCAUGCGACGGUCCUCGACUGCGACAAGUUCUACAACGUCGACCGGAGGCAAGGGACAUCAGCCUCACGGACACCCUGGCACCCAGGUCGAUAUCCGACGAAGCUCCUCAUCACGCUCCGCCAACACCCCGCUAGGUUACGUUGCGCUCAUGCGCAAGCAGAAAGCCACUGUAUGGUGCGACCGUGCGCAAACACAAGACCCUCGCGUAGUCGCCCAGAGACGAGCCGCAAAGCAAAGGGCAGCACUGGAAGUUCAUGGAGGGGGCGGUCGGAGCGCUACCCUUGGAAGCACUGGGAAGAUAAGGCACAAUACAUCCUCGCGUACGAUGGGUUACAACACGGCAACUCUGGUUGGCGCUGGUGUACCUCUCCGAUUGAGUGCGAAUGAGAUUGGCGACGGGGAGGAUGACAUGGAAAACGACAGGCCUACUUUCCACCGUAGAACAGACAGCGGGCGCAGUUCCACGGGGAGCAAUCGCUUUUUCCCCAGUGGGUAUCAGCGGCCGCAGCAGGGUCGGUUCAGUACCAGUAGCAAUGGUAACACGCCGCCUAAUUCGGAUGUUGCAGAUCGACAGACUGAUAUUCCUGAACUUGUGGAAACUCCUGCGCCUUUGAACCCAGAGGGUGAGAAGGAUUACUUUGCUAUGAUGACGGCCGCCACCAACGACGUUAAUGCUAAUGCCAACGUUAACGCCAACAAUGUGAAUGGUACCCCGACGAUGACAACGAUUGCUUCAGAUCCGGAAACGGCGAAUUCAGACACCACCACCAACAAAUUCGACCAUCCCGGUACUCUACAGAGCUACGGCAGCGAAGAGGAAGACUUCGGCACAGUUACGGAGAUGGCAGCACCGAGCGGAGCAGUUCAUGCUGCGAACCGAGUGAAGAAGACAGACGACCUUAGGCGUAGGGGUAGCGUGGAUGAUCGAUCUACCAGUAUGAGUAGUGUCAGGCUUUUUGUUGCCAAUCCGGACUUGAGUGACUGA